AUGAGCGUCCCACUCGUUGACAACAACUUGAAUGGAUCCCUCUUUGACACAUCGGGCAUGUACUUUGAAGAUAUGGGUCAGUUCGACGACCUCCACAUCUUGGAGGAUUUCCAGCACGAUAGUAUGCCCGGUUCGUUUUCUCAUGCCGUGAGCCUGGGCGGGAGCGUCUCCGCCGAGGGAUCUAUAUUCGACGACGUCGUGACAUCGCCCGCCGACCUUCCUGUGACAUCGACUUCGACAGACUCGGACCGGUCAGCAGAAUCACACACCAAGAUGCGACGACGUGCACAGAACCGCGCGUCUCAACGUGCAUUUCGCGAGCGCAAAGAACGACACCUCCGCAGCCUCAAGGCAACUCUGGAGACCAUCGGCGACAAGCACCGCAAGCUGCUGGAGUCGUAUUCUCAGCAGUCCGAAGCGGUGAUGAAGCUAAAGGGCCGAAUCGCUGAGCUCAACGCGCAAAUCGCUGCGUUUUCCACUCAAGCCGACCGAGAGCCCGACAGCCUCGAACCUGGACAGCACACGGGUGGUCAGGCAGGGUUCGACCAGUUUGACGCGUUUUCAUUCUCGUUCUCGUUGAAGCCAUCCAGCAAUCCACACACCAUGUUUGGGGAGACUCAGAAUGUGAGUCGAAAUCUCGAACCCAUCCGAGUCAACAUGUUGCAGUUGCCAGCGUGCGAGAACCUCCCCGGGUUCGAAGAUCUCCUCAAUUUGCCGUGA